AUGGUGCUCGACCGGACGCCCCCCAGCCCCGGGCCCUACUCCUGCGCCGCCACCAUCCGUGCCCACGAACGCGCAAUCACCGCCCUCCGCUUCGCCCCAGACGCAUCCCUCCUCCUCAGCGCAGGUGCAGACGGCUGGCUGCACUUCUGGCAACAUGUACGCGGCUUCAAGGCCCACAGGUCGGGCAUCAAUGACAUCUCCAUCUCCCCCGACUCGCUCUACCUGGCAACCGCCUCGGAUGACCACACCUCCGACAUUCACCUCCUCCACCCAACCUCGGGCUAUGUCUCGCACACCAAACCCCGUGCUAUCCGCCACCUCGCCGCCCACUCUGCGCCCAUCCUCUCGGUGGCCUUUUCACCAAAGUCAAACUUGCUGGCCACAGGCAGUUUCGACGAGUCGGUCAUCAUCUGGGAUGUCAGUCGAGGUCUGGCGCUCAGGCAACUGCCCGCGCAUGCAGAUGCCGUCUGGUGUGUUGCUUGGGAUCCCGAAGGCGGCAUGGUCCUCACUGGCAGUGCUGAUGGCCUCAUCCGUCUGUGGGACGCUAGCACAGGCCAAUGCCUCAAGACCCUCGACAACGACACCAACUCUCCCGUCUCCCACGCCGCCUUUGCCCCAUCCGCCUCCUAUCUCUACGCCGCCACCCUCUCUUCCACCCUCCGGAUAUACAACAUUCACACUGGCAAAGUCAUCAAGUCAUUCCGCGCGCCAGCCGCCUUUGUCAGCGAAAAGUUUCCAUGUCCCACACUCAUCUUUGAGGGACCGAAACCUUUAAAAGAGUCCGAGGCGGACAAGAUGGAGGUGGACGAAAAGCCACAAAAGGCUGGGCAGUCUCGGAAAGAAAGGGAAUCCAAUGCUUGGAUCAUGACGGGCUCCGAGAAUGGCAAGAUCAUCAUCUGGAAUGUCCAAACCAAAGCCAUCGUUCAAGUCAUAGAAGGGUACACGUCCCAUCAGUCCUCCGUCCUCGCCUUGGCUGUGUCACCAGAUGGCCGCACAAUCGCCAGCGGAUCUCUCGAGUACGAGAGGUCUAUCAAAAUUUGGAAAACUAACUCGUAG